UAACAAUCCACUGUCAGCAGAGAGCUGUUCCAAGAAAUUGCGAAAGAAUCAUAUCUCCACGGACUGUGUAUGCAUAACGUAUCUACUUGUUCUUCUGCGAGUGCAUUUAAGAUACUUUUUUCGAUUUUGUUCCACGUUGAUCGUGUAUGAAGCGCAUGCUCAGAUUAUCAAACGGUGCAGUUUUUGUUUUAUCGAGGAAUACAGAGAUUGACUUUCAGAGGAUUUUAAAGAUAUAAAUAUGACCACMUCAUGGAGCGACAGACUGCAGAACUAUGCAGACCUUCCAGCCAACAUGGACGGGCUGGCCAUGAAGAAGUACCGCAGAGAGGCUUACCAUAGAGUUUUUGUAAACAGAAGCUUGGCCAUGGAGAAGAUUAAAUGCUUUGGCUUCGAUAUGGAUUACACUCUAGCCGUGUACAAGUCUCCAGAGUAUGAGUCCCUGGGCUUUGAGCUGACCGUGGAGCGCCUGGUCCACAUCGGUUACCCCCAGGAGCUGCUCAGCUUCGUCUACGACCCCGCCUUCCCCACCAGAGGCCUGGUGUUUGACACCAUGUAUGGGAACCUGUUYAAGGUGGACGCSUACGGCAACAUCCUGGUCUGUGUCCACGGCUUCAAUUUCCUACGAGGACCUGAAAUACGGGAGCUAUACCCGAACAAGUUCAUCCAACGUGACGACACUGAACGCUUCUAUAUCCUCAACACUCUCUUCAACUUGCCAGAGACCUACCUCUUUGCCUGCCUCGUGGACUUCUUCUCAAACUGUGACAGAUAUGCAAGCUGUGAGACUGGCUUUAAAGAUGGCGACCUCUUCAUGUCCUUCAAGAGCAUGUUCCAGGACAUCCGCGACGCCGUCGACUGGGUCCACUUCAAGGGCACCCUGAAGGAAAAGACAGUAGAGAACCUUGAAAAGUACGUAGUGAGAGACGCAAAGCUGCCUCUCCUGCUGAGUAGAUUGAAUGAAGUAGCCAAGGUGUUCCUGGCCACCAACAGUGACUACAAAUACACACACAAGAUCAUGACAUACCUGUUUGACUUCCCCCACGGCCCGAAGCACGGGACGGCCCACCGGCCGUGGCAGUCCUACUUUGACCUGAUUCUGGUGGACGCCAGGAAGCCUCUGUUCUUUGGAGAGGGAACGGUGCUCAGACAAGUCGACACAACAACAGGGCGGCUGAAGAUCGGGACCUACACCGGACCCCUGCACCAUGGCAUCGUCUACUCUGGAGGUUCUUCUGACAUCGUGUGUGACCUGCUGGGGGCCAAGGGGAAGGACAUCGUCUACAUCGGAGACCACAUCUUCGGGGACAUCCUCAAGUCCAAGAAACGCCAGGGCUGGAGGACCUUCCUCGUCAUCCCCGAGUUGGCCCAGGAGUUGCAUGUCUGGACUGACAAGAGCUCGUUAUUCGAGGAAUUGCAGGGCCUAGACAUUUUCUUGGCAGAGCUCUACAAGCAUCUGGACAGCAGUAGUAAUGAGAGACUGACAUCAGUAACCCUCUAUUUAACCAGUACUCAUACAUCUAUACACAGCGAUCCUGGACAGCAUAGUAAUGAGAGACCUGACAUCAGUAACUCGUCGCCAGAGAAGGGUCAAUGUGAGAUCAACCCCCCCACAUGUUUCUCCCAGACCCCCCAGGAGAUCACCCACUGCCACGAUGAAGACGACGAUGAGGAGGAGGAAGAGUAGAUGGAGGAGGUGUGAUGGCGUGACCCUAAUCAGGCUUGAUUCCUUCCUAGGAGGAGGAAGAGAGAGAGGAGUGAAAAACCGUCUUGAUUCCUUCCUGGUGUUUCCCUGAGGGGGUUUUAGAGUAUAUAUACUUCUAGGAAGAUAUAAACUAUAAUGUACUCUAUAGUCCACAGUAAGAGGGGAUAUUGCCAUUGUAGUGUAUCUAUAGGAGAUUUAUAUAGAGAGAAAUGAAGCUACUUUUUAUACUAGAGAUGUAUCAGGAUAUAUAGGUUUUAUUAAUCAGAUCAGUAUGUAUGUUACUACAGUACUACUGCUCUGUUCUCCAAAAACGUUGCCCCGUGCCCACCUCUUCAAGUUUUACGUUUUCAAUGGUCGUUUUUUCUAUGGAUUUUUAUGAUGAUAUGGGAAAAGGUUGACUUGAAGUUGGCCACUUUUUUUAUUUAUUUUUUAAGUUGAUGAAGCUAAAACAGUUUUUAAGGCAUAGGAUGUUGUAGCAGACAAAUAUACAUGAAUACACACAAGCAAAUAUUACAGACACUACUUUUCUCUGUACUGACCUUACACAGUGUCUGGUCAUAGAGAAGAAUUCCCUGUGUGUGUUUACAUAGUACACAUUAAUGCAGGCACCAUACUGUAGUUUGAAUGUGAAGCACUAAGGCGGAAUAGCCUUUGCCAAACAGUAUGUACUGUAUAUAAACUCUAUAUACUGUGUUGCUGUUAUCCUUUUGAAAUGAAAGUGUUCUAGGCUUGCGGUACUGGCAUUGAAAGAACACGCGUAUCGAGUAACAUGGCAAUCCAAAAACAUGGUCCAAAAAUGUAUUUCGCACUGUUUGUUAUUUUGGUAAUUUUUUUGCAGUAUAAUUCCUCCCGUCGUGACCCUGCAUAACACAGCUUGUGUGUGUGUGUGUCCGGCCUUGGCCAAUCAAAAGUCGAGUUUGCAUCGUCCUGAGCGACAGUAACCAAGGCAUCCAUAAUUGUACUAAAGAACAGUGUGAUGUAUGUUUUGGGUUACACAAAGCACAAGUCUGAUUGUGGCUAACUAAUUGUCAAUAUUAGCUCGAUAUGACAUGAAGCGUGCUGUCUAUUUUAAAGUAUGGUGCACAUAAUGUCAUCUGUGAUUCUGUAUGGCUAAUUUCAACUGACGUUUUGAAAUGCAUGUAAUGUUGUUUCGAGGCAACCGUGCGUACAGGGUAACGAUUAUGCUGCGUCUGUACCGAUGGGGUCUAUGGCAACUUGACGGUCACAUAGGCCUAAUGCUAUUGAGAGGCUGUGACCCAGUAUUACUGUUCUCAUACAUGAUACUGUAAAAAGCAAGACAUUCAUCAUGCAAAAUACCAUUUUUUUUUCUUUCUCCUGUAGGAUGAUAUGAGAUAUCAAAACCUGCAACAUUGUUACACUAUGUGCAACUAACAUGCAGCAGUAGUUUUCCCUUUUUUUACUAAGCUUGGAGUUGUUCGUUAAGUGUUCUCUUGAAUAUUAAAUUGUAACAGUUUUAUUUUUUAUUGCAUAGAACAGCUUUAGUUAGAACUGUCAUAUUCACCCCUACCUAACCAAACCCUCGUAUUCCAUGUGUGAUAAUAUGGUCUGGUGUUUCCUAGUAAUUCUUUGCAGUUAACAUGGAGAGUACAGUAUGUUAUAGGAACAGACCUGGGUUCAAAUACUAUUUAAAAUGUUUCAA